AUGACUUCGAAUCGGCCGAGCGAUCACGUCCUCUUUCGUGUCGAUGAGGAGGUGGGGAGAGCGUUCUACUGGUUGUCAACUGGGCUUGCGGUAUUGACAGCGUUGUUUCAGGGACUGAUGACGGCGUUGGCUUACAUGACCGAGUCUUCGAGCCAAUGGACGUUUCGGUUCCGACUGGCUUUGUUAGAGCAUUGGUGGUGGGCAGCGGUAUCGAGCCUGCUGCUCAUCUCUCUGGUCAUGGUUCUGCUUUCCUUCACCUCGGGCAACGGCGGCGACGCAAUAUCCGUGCUUGCACUGUCUUCGGCGACCUUUCUGGCCAUUGUCCAGUACACUCUGCCGGCGUGGCAACAGCGGCACUACGCCCGGACCAAAUGGCUGGCAUGGGCCGGCCCAAGUCGGUCGACCAUCCCGAAAGAAAAGCAAGGCUUCUGCGGCGACGCCCGAGCCUGGACGGCACUGGUCGUGGCCAAUGCGGACCGGCUCAACCAACUCCAGCCCACGCCGUCAGACUAUUAUGGAUGGACGUUACGACCUUUGGGCAAAGCCGGAAUCCCCUACAAUCCUGUCGACAUCCUGGCGAACAUGGACCCGCAGCACAGCACGAGCACGCCGCCGAUCGACACGGAAAAGGGCGAACGACCGGUCGGCGUGUAUGCCAACCACGACCCGAGUUCCGACAGUGUCUCCCUCUUGUGGGGGCCCCGACAGGGCUUUCGAACAGCCAUCUCGCGAGCCGUGUCAAGCAUGCCUCUGGGCUUGCUUGCCACCCGGCCGCGCACGAUGGACGGCUACGACGGGCGAGGCCUGACCACGGCCAUGGGCAUUUUGGGCCGCAACAAAGGCCUCCAGCCAUCUCAGUUGGUCUUCCGCGCCGACAGGUCCGUCUUGGCCCACAUGGAGAACGUCUCCACAUGGACGCCUCGGCCCGCCAAGGUGCUACGCAGCUUCUACGAGACCACGCUCAACCCGCAAUACCGCGGCCUCGGACCGGACUAUGUCGCUGCCACCGUGGAGCUGGCUCUCGUCCUGUCCGACGCGCCUCCUUGGGCCGUCGAUCGAUGGCUGCUCGAGCAUCUCGAGCACCAGUGCUUGCGAAAGAAUAUCCUCCUGGCCGAGGCAACGCAACGUUUCACCACCGAACAGACCGCCGCCCUGCAAGCCCACUACGAGGCCAGCUACGUGUCGAUGAUCCUGUCGUUGAACUACAUGCCGGUUGGCAUCAAGGACCGACGAAACAGCCACUCCGUCCCGGUUGGCCGGCCAGACCUUCUCUGUGUCGCCAUCCUUUUGAAGGCCCGCAAUCAUGCUCAACCUUCUUGGUGGACCCAUGCCGGCGUCCGCGCCGAACUCCUGGCCGAAAUCCGUCGCUUGCCGCCCGAGCUCGAUUGGAAGCUCCCCAUGGCUAAACUCUUGGGCUUGCAAGCAUGGCCGCACACCUUUGAUCGUGAGCCUUUGGAAUGGUAG